AUGCCCCAGACUGCUCCGUCAUACUUCACUGGUCCUAUUUUUGUUGGUUUUGAACUCAACUGGUUGUUAUUGGGUUUGCUCCUGGUUCAAGUUUAUUAUUUCUAUUCCGCAUUUCCCGACGAGAGAUGGGGAAUCAAAGCUCUAGUGUUCACUCUUCUUGUUAUUGAACUGGUGCAAACGGCCCUCGGCUCGAUUGCAGUGUACGAUAUGCUGGUCAGAAACUGGGGUAAUCCCAAAGCGUUCACCGAAGUUAUGUGGGCCGCUUAUGUGCAGCCAUUCACCGUCGGUCUCAGCUCGACUAUCGUCCAAAUGUUCUUCGUUUGGCGUAUCCAUAAACUCAAAGGGGAAGAAGUCAUAGUCCGACUGAUUUGCGUUCUCAUUGCCAUUAUAUCCUUGGGCCAAGGCCUCACUGCGAUGGUCAGCACGAUUCGAUUCGCCACACAAGCCGCGGGAGUUUCAGCACUUCAAGGCGCCUCGGGGCUUCUCGGAACCAAAAUAUGGCUUGGCGGAGCUGUCGCCUGUGAUGUUUUAAUAGCCGUCACCAUGAUCUCCAUUCUGUCUAGAGCACGACAGAGCUUACCCUGGGCAAAAGCAGACUCUGUGAUCACCAAACUCAUCAUCCAUUGUGUCGAGUCCGGUGCAAUCACAACUGCCGUUGCAACUGUACAGUUAGCACUCUUUCUUUCACGCCCAGAAAAUUUCAUGCAUGAAGCUCCACUUUACGUCCUAGGGAAGCUAUAUUCCAAUGUGGUGCUAGCUACCUUGAAUUGGCGCGCCGAGCGUAAACGUCACAUAUUCAGCGAUAGCAGCAACCCAAGUACAAGUCUCAGCACCCCAAGGCAACAGCAGAGCUUUGGACUCCGACACUUACCUGGCGAUCGCACGAAGGCUGUUGUGGUGGAAACUGUUCUCGAUCCCCGCCAGUCCGAUUUCGAGCAAAAACGAUUCGAUUUCGAGCAUGUUUAG